AUGAAGACUUUGGAUUCGGUUGCAGAAGGAGUCAACAAAGCUACCGUGGCGUUUGGUAGCAACAUGGGUGAUAGAAUUGCCAAUAUCGAGGCCGCAUUAGCAAGGAUGAAAAGAGAAGGGCUCAAGAUCGUCAAGCUGAGCCACCUAUAUGAGACAGAGCCCAUGUAUUACAACGACCAAGACUCCUUUUUGAACGGUGUCUGCCUGGUUGAGACGGCCCUGGAGCCAUUACCACUCCUGGAUCUGCUCCAGACCAUUGAGAAUGACCUUGGCCGGAGGCGUAUAAUUGACAAAGGGCCUAGAACCAUCGAUUUGGAUAUCAUCCUCUACAAUCAAGAGCAUAUCCAGAAACCGCGGCUCGAAAUACCCCACAAGUUGAUGCUCGAGAGAGAAUUUGUGCUGAGGCCUCUUGCCGAUAUACUCCCCAAUGCGCACUUACCCCCUAGUUUCUCUCCUAUAGCCUCGAAACGUUCAAUCCACCAGUUGUUACGGGCCAUCGCUGAACGGGAUAGCAGCAUGUCUCCCGUUUUCGUUUUGAACCCUCGGUUACCGUUGAUCCGCACGAGAGAUGCGACCCGCAAGACUCAUGUUAUGGCAAUUUUAAAUCUCACCCCAGACUCCUUCUCAGACGGAGGUUUCCACACGGCUAAAGACCUUGAGACAAUCAAAUCGACUGUCCGCGACUACAUAGCCUUAGGUGCCACCAUUAUUGACAUCGGCGGACAGAGUACACGACCCAGGGCGGAGUAUCUUGGUCCAGAAGAGGAGCUGAAACGGAUCCUUCCAGUUGUCCGUGCUAUCCGCGAGAUGAAAGAAGCCGAAAGGGUCGCCAUCAGCAUCGAUACCUUUCACGCCGAUGUUGCUCGACAAACCAGCCUUGCCGGAGCUGACAUUAUCAACGACGUCUCAGCUGGUCUUCUCGAUGAGCGAAUGCUUACCACCGUUGCAACUCUUGGGAAGAGCAUCAUCCUUAUGCACAUGAGAGGCAAUCCCCAUACAAUGACAAAGCUGACCGACUAUCCCGAAGGUGUCGUCAAGGGCGUGUCUCAAGAGAUCAGUGAACGUGUUGAGGCUGCAUUGGCCGCCGGGAUCGCUCCAUGGCGCAUCAUUCUAGAUCCAGGAUUAGGUUUUGCUAAAGAUCAGCAGCAAAACCUCGAGCUGCUCCGGAGGCUUCGAGAUGUCCGAGAGCAUCCCGAUGCAUCAGUCCCCUUGAAGAACUUUCCAUGGCUUAUGGGACCGAGUCGAAAGGGCUUUAUCGGCAAGGUUACCGGGGUGGAAGAAGCAUCUGACCGAAGCUAUGGUACUGCUGCUACGGUGACCACCAGCAUCGAAGGAGGAGCCGAGAUUGUGCGGAUCCACGAUGUAAAAGAAAUGGUUGAGGUCACAAAGAUGGCCGACGCUAUCUACCGUCAGCCUUGA